AUGUAUAUAUAUAAAUUAAAUAAAGAUGAAUCUGUGAAAAUGCAAUAGAUUUUAGAUAAAAAAUAACAAGAAAUAAAUGUAUCCUUUAUGAUGAAGAUAAUAUUAUUAUAAUUGAUGCAGAAGAUGAAACCCAUAUCAACUAUGCAAGACAUUGGGUAAUGGUGGCAAUGGAUAAAUUAGCUGAACAUAAUAAAAAUGAAAAUCAUUAGAAAUACUUUCAUGAUUGUAAUUACUAUGCAAAAAAUUUGA